CUUAAUGGUUCAGACCUCUUACUGGUUCAGCACUUAAUGGUUCAGACCUCUUUCUGAUUCAGCACUUACCCAUUCAGAAGUUGUCAAACAGCCCCUAAGAAAGAGUAGCAUUUUUAGUUAGCAUUUGGUGUAUGGUAGCAUUUUCCAAAUUUUACGAGGGAAAGACUCGCACUGUUCUUCAGUUUUCUGAUUCCCUCUCUCAUCCCAUCCUCACACUCACACUGAUGCAGUCAUGUCUUUAAGAGCUUCACUGCAACUGGGGUUGAAGAUCCCUCCUCCAACCUCAAACCCAUCACGAAUCCGUCCACCCAAGAAAUCUCAAUCGUCUGUCACCAGCUUCUUCUGCGGUGGUUCUGCCAAGAGAUCAACAAACCCACCUCCAAGAACCAUCUUUCUGAGUCAAACACCCUUUUCUGGAAGAGUCGCCUUCUCGUCCAGCAGAAGGUCAAAGCUUGAGGUUCAAUCCGGAGGAGAAGAAGCCGAUUCUUUGGGUUCUGGUUCUUCAUACAGAGAGGAAUUCAGCUGGUCUUCAGUUAUUCUGCCGUUUCUAUUUCCAGCUUUGGGUGGUUUUUUGUUUGGCUAUGAUAUAGGUGCAACUUCUGGUGCUACCAUCUCCUUGCAGUCAGCAGAGCUUAGUGGCACAACUUGGUUCAAUCUUUCUGCAGUUCAGCUUGGUCUUGUGGUUAGCGGAUCCCUUUACGGAGCACUGCUUGGCUCCAUCGCUGUUUACCCGCUAGCAGAUUUCCUUGGCAGAAGAAGGGAAUUGAUAAUAGCAGCCAUUCUCUAUGCACUUGGUGGUUCAUUAACUUCAUAUGCUUCAGGCCUAACUAUUCUAUUAAUAGGGAGGCUAAUUUAUGGGCUUGGUAUUGGUUUGGCUAUGCAUGGUGCACCUCUUUAUAUUGCCGAAACAUGUCCAACUCAAAUAAGGGGAACCUUGAUUUCUUUAAAGGAGCUAGCAAUAGUUCUUGGCAUUUUGCUGGGUUAUUUUGUGGGCAACCACGAGAUUAAUGCCGUUGGAGGGUGGCGUGUCAUGUUUGGGUUUAGUGCUCCAAUAGCUUUGUUUAUGGGGAUAGGCAUGAUGAGUUUACCACCUUCUCCAAGAUGGUUACUUCUGAGGGCAGUUCAAGGUAAAGGUCAUUUAGAGGAAUUCAGAGAAAAGGCCAUUGGGGCUUUGAGCAAGCUAAGAGGCCGCCAACGUGCUGGAGAUACGGUGUCUGAGAAACAAAUAGAAGACACUCUCGUCUCACUAAAGACCGCAUAUACUGAUGAGGAAACUGAAAUAAGUUUCUUGGAACUGUUUCAAGGUUCGAGCUUGAAGGCACUUAUAAUUGGUGGUGGAUUGGUUCUUUUUCAGCAGAUAACUGGGCAGCCAAGUGUUCUAUACUAUGCUGGUCCAAUUCUUCAGACUGCUGGGUUUUCAGCUGCUUCUGACGCUACGCGAGUGUCCGUCAUUAUUGGCAUUUUCAAGUCUUUAAUGACAGGGGUAGCUGUCCUAAAGGUUGAUGACCUUGGGAGAAGGCCUCUCCUAAUUGCUGGAGUCAGUGGCAUUGCGCUUUCACUUUUUCUUCUUUCGGCAUACUACAAGUUUCUUGGCGGGUUUCCUUUGGUUGCGGUGGCUGCCCUGCUUCUGUAUGUAGGGUGCUACCAGGUAUCGUUCGGGCCAAUCAGUUGGCUCAUGGUAUCAGAAAUAUUCCCACUGCGCACCAGAGGAAAGGGGAUCAGUCUUGCAGUCCUUGCCAACUUUACCUCCAAUGCCUUAGUAACCUUUGCUUUCUCCCCUCUAAAGGAAGCAUUGGGCGCCGAAAACCUUUUCCUUGGGUUUGGGCUGAUCGCUUUGAUAUCGCUGGUGUUUGUGGCGACUUCUGUCCCGGAGACGAAAGGGCUGAGCUUGGAAGAGAUUGAAUCCAGGUUCUUGAAGUGAGAAAUUGAACCUUACCUUUUUUAAAGGGAAUAUGAUAUAUGAAAUGUGUUUUUCAGAUAGGGGUGCUUUUUUUUAAAUGCACAAUUUCCACUUUUGCAUACAUGUAAUUAUGUAAACCAUUUUUAAGUUAUAUUUUUAUCUAACAAUUUCAGUUAUACGAAGUACUCUCGUUAUCCCAGUAUAAAUCAUUUGUUGUUUA